AUGGCCGCCGCGCGCUACGACGUGGAGAAGGGCGGGAGGAACGGCGGGGAGGGGAAGCGCUACUCGCCGCCGCCGCCGGAGCACCACCUGUACCCGCUGCAGAAGCUGGGGGCACUUGUAUGGGACAAAGUUGUGCAGGAGCACCAAGGAUGGAGGCUCCUCACCUGCAUCUGGCUGCACGCCGGUGUUGCCCACCUUCUAGCAAACAUGAUCAGCCUCGUGCUCAUCGGACUCAGACUUGAGCAACUGUUUGGAUACGUGAGAAUUGGCAUCAUCUACCUUGUUUCUGGCGUUGGAGGCAGCGUGCUCUCAUCUCUGUUCAUCAGGAACACCAUCUCUGUCGGCGCUUCUGGAGCUCUGUUCGGACUCCUUGGUGCCAUGCUGUCCGAGCUCUUCACCAACUAG